AUGUUGAAGGCCAUCAAGAACUGUGAGAUGCCUAAGGAGACCUGGACAAGUUAUGACAUCAGGGUUCUUUACAAAGCAAAUAGCUUUAGUGAGGCAAGGUUGAAACUUCGCCGGGCAGAAGAUGACACAGACCUCCAGUCAGAAGCAGAGGAGGGGAGGCCAGAAAAAAGAAAAACCAGACCAAACCAGCGCUUCCUCUCGAGUCAGGAGGAGUCUGAUGAGGAGCCUGUGAAGCGCAAACCAGUCCUCCCUAAGGUGCCCUCCAUUCCACCUCUGCCAUCACUGUUGCGUGACGCCAUUUCCUCAUCAAAUGAAUCUCCGCCAGCUAGUCAACUUGCCUCGCUGCAGCCGUUUCGCACCCUUGGACCUCCUGAGCCAUCCUACCAUCUUGCCCCUCAAUCGCCUCGCCACCAUGUAACUCCUGAGCCAUCCUACCAUCUUGCCCCUCAAUCGCCUCGCCACCAUGUAACUCCUGAGCCAUCCUACCAUCUUGCCCCUCAAUCGCCUCGUCACCAUGUAACUCCUGAGCCAUCCUGCCAUCUUGCCUCUCAGCGGUCUCGCCACCAUGUAACUCCUGAGCCAUUACAUCUUGCCCCUCAAUCGGCUCGCCACCAUGUAACUCCUGAGCCAUCCUACCAUCUUGCCUCUCAGCCGUCUCGCCACCAUGUAACUCCUGAGCCAUUACAUCUUGCCCCUCAUGCUGCUUCUGACAUGGACCUGCACUCUGCAUUACUACGAGAGAUCAUUGUCAAACAGGAGGUGAUGUGUGAUAUGCAAAGAAAUCUGCUGCGCAUUGUUCAGGAUCUCUCUUCUACUUCUACACCUACACCACAUGGACACCACAUGGAUGGAAGUUUCCUGCCGUUGAGGGAUGCUGAGGCUCUUUUGGCGCUGGACCGUGAAAUUAAGACCGAGCCAGAGAAGAGAAAGGACUUGGUAAUAAUUACUUUUAUCAUUAGUAUUUGGACCAGAUUUUUUUCUGAACUCUUUUUUUUUUUUUCGGUGCAUUUUUUUUUUCUCCGCAAUGAACAUUCAUAUUUUCAAAACUUUUAG